AGUCAGGAGUCCCCGCUGGACGUGGACCGGCCGGUGAGGAUGAUAAAGACGGAGAAGACGCUGCACCUGAGGAGCUGCCGCGGCCGGACGGUGCGGGUCGUCCGGGAGCACUACCUCCGGGAGCGGGUGCCCUGCUGCAGCGCGCUGUGCCAGGCGGACUGUGACAACGGUGCCAAGGUGCUGCCCGGAGAUCUGACCCACUACGUGGUGCCGGACGCCGAGGUGGUGGCCGACUACCUGGAGAUCCUGGAGUUCAGAGAGCUGCAGGGCAUCGUGUUCACUCAGACGGCCUGCCAGGCGCUACAGAGCAAAGGACGCAGGUAUUACAACCGGCUGCGGAGCCUCGUCAAAGACCCUCGACACGACUGUGUGCUGUUUGCCAACGAGUUCCAGGAGUACUCGUACUGUCCUCGGGAGAAGGGCGAGACCCAGGACCAGUGGAUGACCAGGUGUGUGUACUCGGCCGCCGUGUGGUACUACAACCACCUGGCAGGUGUGAUGAACAUCGUGAUGAUCACGGAGGACCAGGACGCCGUGGCCCGAUACAGCAGCCUCAACUCGGGAGUGUUCGUCAUCUCCGUACAGGAGUAUUUGCAGAGCUUCUGGCCGGACCUGAAGGCGGCUCAUGAGCUGUACAGCUCCAUCUCUCAGGUUCUCCAGGAGAAGGAGGGAGAAGACUCUGAGAAGGAGUUCACCGAACAUCUACCUGCUGAAGUCCUGGAGGCCGGGAUCAAGUCUGGACGCUACAUCCAGGGCACCCUGAACGUGAGCAAACACCGAGCGCAGAACGAAGCCUCCAUCAUGACGGAGGGUUUGUCCACCAAGAACGCAGACCUGAGCUCCGGCGUGUUGGUGUUCGGCGGCAAGAACCGGAACCGAGCCGUGCACGGCGACGUGGUGGUGGUGGAGCUGCUGCCGAAGAGCGAGUGGAGGGGGAAGACGACGGCGCUGAGCGAAGGACAAGCAGACGAGAAGAGCGAGGACGAGGCGAGCAGGCCGAUGCCCACAGGCCGUGUGGUGGGCGUCCUGCAGAGGAACUGGAGGGACUACGUGGUCACGUUCCCCACCAGAGACGGGACUCAGUCUCAGAGCAGGAACUCUCAGCGGAUCCUGGCCAUCCCGUGGGACCGCCGCAUCCCCAAGAUCCGCAUCAGCACUCAGCAGGCCGACGCCCUGCAGGACCACAGGGUGGUGGUCCGCAUCGACUCCUGGGAGAGCACCUCGCUGUAUCCCAACGGACACAGCGUCCGGGUCCUGGGCCGAGCCGGGGAGCUGGAGACGGAGGUCCAGACCAUCCUGAUGGAGAACUGCAUCCACGUCCCUCCGUUCUCGGACGCUCAGCUGAGGGAGAUGCCGGUGAACUCUCCCGAGAAGCCGUGGACGGUGGACUCGGAGCAGGCGGGGCGGCGGCGGGACCUCCGGGACACUCACCUGGUGUUCAGCAUCGACCCGCGGGGCUGCGAGGACGUCGACGACACGCUGUCGGUGCGACGCCUCGCCGGCGGGGAGCUGCUGGAGCUCGGCGUCCACAUCGCCGACGUCACGCACUUCGUGGCUGAAGGUUCGCUCACGGACCUGGAGGCUCGGACGAGGGCGACCACCUACUACCUGGCCGACCGGCGCUACGACAUGCUGCCCGCGGUCCUCAGUGCGGACCUGUGCUCGCUGCUGGGGGGAGUCGACAGGUACGCCAUGAGCGUCAUGUGGGAGCUGGACGCCCGGACUCUGGCCGUCAACAAGGUGUGGUUCGGCCGCACGCUGAUCCGCUCCUCCUACCAGCUGCACUACGAGCUCGCCCAGGCGCUGCUCAACGGCGACCCGGCCGACGUCCCGGAGCUGGCCGAGCUCGGCUCAGAGGAGAAGGACGCCAGGCUGGCAGAACUCACACAGGCUCUGGAGCUGCUCACCCAUGUGGCCCGACACCUGAGAGCUCAGCGGGACCGAGGAGGAGCUCUGGAGCUGGAGGGGGUGGAGGUUCGUGCUCAGCUGGACGAGGACAGAAACAUCACCGCUCUGGUUCCUCGUCAGCCGCUGGAGGUCCAUGAGACGGUGGCUGAGUGUAUGAUCUACGCCAACCACUGGGUGGCGCGCAAGAUCCAGGAAACGUUCCCGUAUCAGGCCCUGCUGAGGCGACACCCGCCGCCUCGACAGGAGCUGUUCAGCCAGCUGGUGGACACCGCCGAGGCCCGAGGCUUCACCGUCGAUACCAGGACCAACAAGGCUUUGGCCGACUCUCUGGACCGAGCCGUGGACCUCGAGGACCCGCUGGUGAACCGGCUGCUCAGGAUGAUGGCCACCCAGGCCAUGUCCCAGGCCGUCUACUUCUCCACUGGUGCCCAGCCUCAGGACCAGUACUACCAUUACGGUCUGGCUCUGGACCGCUACACUCACUUCACCUCUCCGAUCCGUCGCUACGCCGACAUCAUCGUGCACCGCCUCCUGACUGCCGCCAUCGCCGUGGACGCGGGGGCGGAGUCUAAAGCGCCGGCCAACAACAAGGAAGUGGAGGAGACGGCGCACCACAUCAACAACAGGAACAGGGCGGCCCAGAGAGCCCAGAACUUGUCCACGGCUCUGUUCCAGUGUCUCUACUUCAAAGAGAAAGACCCUCAGACGGACCCUCGCUGCGUUGCCGACGCCGUCGUCUACGCCAUCCGAGACAACGGCGUGCUGGUGUUCGUCCCAGAGUACGGGCUGAAGGGCCCGGUCUACCUGAGGAACAGGGAGGGCCAGGUGGCGGCGCCGGGGCCAGACGGCGGCUGUGAUUGGCAGAGCGGCUCCGUACGGCGGCACCAGGACCAGAUCACCGUCUCCUCCGCCGGCGGCAGCGCCACCUUCAGGCUGUUCGACCACAUCACCGUUCGGAUCUCGGUCCACUCCACCAGCUGCCACGCCGACACCCUGAACCUGGAGCUGCUCCAGAACCGGCCUCAUCACAGUGCUGAGGCCCAGCAGGACGGCCCGGGUCGGGGCCGAGGCCAGCUGGUGCAGGAGGUGGUCCGGCUGGCCGAGGAGGCCCAGCAGAGGGAGGCCCGGCCCAGGCUGUCCAGGGAGGAGCGCGAGUUCAGCCAGAGCAGAACCCCCAACCUGUACUCGCUGCUGGAGGAGGUGAGGGAGCUGGCGCUGAUGGACCCGGACCGGCUCGCUCAGCUCUGCAUGACGACAGCAUAAGAGACGAGUCCAGAACACGGGACGGACACGUGUGACGCCUCAGGGAAGCAAACACUGACAUGAACCUGAACCAGGUUCUGUUUUAAUCCAGUUCACUUUUAAAGCUGCUCGUUAACAGAAAGAUCCACAAAAACCAACCAGAUGAAAUUCAUGAAACUUACUGUAGAUGUGGAGCCUAAACACAGUCAGAACAUUUCAACUGGACUUUCUUUAGAACUGAACGAUGAAGGUCUGUUCUGAGCGGGUUCUAGUUGUAGCAGCUGAUUUCAGAAAUUCAGAAGUUUGAGCAUCAAAACAUUAAUUUCUUGCAUUUUGGUGAAUUUUUAUCAACAUUAAAUUAUGAAUUUGUGCCUUUUCUGCAUUAAUUUAUAGUUUAAAGUCUUUAAUUGUGUAAAAUCAAGCUCAAGAUUGUGGCUAAUCUGAACCGGUUUCUUCAUUUUAAGUGUUAGACGCGAAUGUAUUUCAGUAACGAGCUCAGUAACGAUGCUGCCUGGUUGUAAAUUACAGAUAAAAUUGUGCUUUUCUGACCAUCUUAAAGUGUGUCAAUGAAAAGACUGUCGAGAAGUUCUGUUUGCAAGGAUUGUUUUUUAUUGUUGGACAUUUUGUAAGAAACACAGUUUGGACAUUUCUCUGGUUCAUCAAUUAAAACAUUUAAAGUCA